AUGACUCUGAAAUCAUCUCCGUGGCCUGAUAUCCUCUCCUUGCUGGGAGUUGACGGUGAAGUUAUCUUUUCAAGCCUGCUCCUGGAUUGUGGUGUCUUCACUCGGAUAGCAAGUGGAAGAGGCAACUAUUUUCAGUUGAGCGGUAUUCCACUCUCGCAAUUGCCUCAGAUUCCACGUAAACCUCCAGCAAAGGGCAUCUUGCCGAAGAGACGUGAUUGUCAAGAGCGGCCACUUGGGGACAUUCGCUUCGUCAGAAAUCGCAUGUUUUAUGCUAGACCCUUCUCUAACGCUGUUGGCAAGGUCAAAGUAGGGCUUCACCAUACUCAUAUUCUACAAAGAUUGCCGGAUGCUGCGCAACAGCACCAGGCAGUCCACCUUUUGAAGUACGUCUUUCCGCGCCAGUUCGAUCUGCACAAUGCUUUCACAUCACUAGUUCAACCGAGCGAGACGGCGCAUCGGUUCAAAGACUACACGGUCCGCGAACAGGAAAUCACUGGACUGAAAAAAAAGUCGUUGACUUGGUCGCCACGUCGCCUUCGUGGUGAUCCGAUGCGCCUCGUCCAGAAAAUCCAUCAAAACCACAAAUCAUGUUCCUACAGCCAGCUCUUGAGACAUUAUUGCCCUCUACCGUCUAUGGGCUAUGAAGAGCCUCUCAUCCAGAGGAACGGAAGACUAUCGUCCACAGGAGCCUCUGGACUCUUCACCACACAGAUCGAACCAUCUGGGAUGUCACGAACAAACUCGAACUUGACUUGGAGCAGUAACAACGGAGAGUCUUCGUUUUUACCACAUUCAACUCCUCUGGCGAGGGUCUCGGCAUUCUGCCGCUCGGUCAUCUCUCAUCUGCUCCCGCGCAACGCCUUUGGAACCGGCCCGGGCGGUCAGCAGAAUUAUGAAAUGAUGAUGAACAGGAUCGACGAAUUUGUUCGAAUGCGCCGAUUUGAGACCAUGAGCUUGCACGAGGUUGUCCAAGGAAUGCAUGUAAGGUCGAUUGCGUGGCUAGUAGGACCAAAAUGUUUAGAUGGGAGACUGUCCAGGUCCGAUUUCAAAAAGCGGCUCGAGAUUUUUCACGAAUUUGUCUACUACAUCUUUGACUCUUUACUCAUACCGAUCAUUCGAGCGCACUUUUAUGUUACCGAAAGUUCCACCCACCGCUAUCGGUUGUUCUAUUUCCGGCAGGACGUAUGGCGCAAACUCUCCGAGCCCACGCUUGCAGCACUGAGGCUGAACAUGUAUACUCCAAUCGGACCAGGCCAAGCUCGGCAAAAGUUACAAUCUCAAACAUUGGGAUAUAGCCAUCUUCGUCUGCUGCCGAAGGACCAAGGUGCAAGACCCAUUACAAACUUGAGGCGACGUCAACCGAAGCUGAAGGGUGGGAAAAGACUUCUCGGAGACAGCAUCAACGCCCAACUGGCCCCUGUCUUUCAAGUGCUCAACUUUGAACGAGGACGCAAUCCUGCGCCGUUAGGCUCUGCCUUGUUAUCAGUUGGUGACAUUCACGGAAAGGUGGCGGGAUUCAAGAAGGUAAUCGGGUCGGAAUCUCCUCUGUUUUUCGUCAAGGUUGAUAUCAAAUCUUGCUUCGACACCAUUCCCCAAGAACCUCUGCUGCGACUGGCCAGCUCUUUACUUAUUGAAGCAUCAUACCGGACAACGAAACACCUUGAAGUCAAGGCGAGGAAUUUUGGACGGUGCACAGUCCAUGAAGGUGUGAGGCGACGCUUCGCGGGCAUGGCCCGCCCAGCUGAUACUUUUGCGGUGCUCUCGGAGGCAUCAGUGUCCAACAUAGCCUCCGGGAAACGCCAUGUGGUCAUCGCGGACACAGGAAACAACAGAAUCUGGAAUCGAGAUUCCUUACUGGAGCUCCUCGAAAGUCAUGUGGGAGACAGCAUGAUCAAGAUUGGCAAAAAGUACAUGAAGCAGAUUGAUGGCAUUCCCCAAGGUUCAAUUCUCAGCAGCCUUCUCUGCAGCUACUUUUACGGUGCAUUCGAGCGGAACGAAUUGGGAUUUUUAAUGCGGGAAUCGUGCCUGCUAUUGCGACUCAUUGACGAUUUCUUGUUGAUCACGACGGACAACAAGCUUGCUCGACGGUUUCUCCAGGUUAUGGCAAGUGGUGACCAGCACUACGGGAUCCAGGUCAAUGCCGAAAAGUCUCUGGUCAAUUUUGACGUGACUAUCAACGGGAAGAAAGUGCCACGAAUUCACGGGAGCACCUUUUUCCCGUACUGUGGGAUGGAAAUCCACAUGAAGACCUUGGAGUUGAGGAAAGACAGAGAGAAAAAAGACGCGUUUAUCAGCAAUGCACUGACAGUGGAAAGUGGUUCGAAACCCGGCAUGACUUUGAAAAGGAAAAUUCUGUCCUCUCUCAAACUGCAGAUGCAUGCCAUGUUGCUGGACAUGUCACUCAACAGCCGGAGCCAAGUAGUCUCGACACUGCUUGGGAAUUUCAUGGAGUCAGCGAUGAAGAUGCACCAGUAUGUUACGGGAUUGGCAGCCAGGAGACAACCGUCGCAGAAGCUCCUUCGAAGCGUGAUGGAAGACCUCAUCUCGGUGGGAAACAAGAUUUGUUGCGAGAAGAAUGGCAACAAUGCGCAAGUCAGGCAUGUCAGCCGGCGACAAAUGUGCUGGAUCGCCGCAGUGGCCUUUGAGAGUAUUCUCGAGCGCAAACAGAGCCAGUAUAAGGAGUUGCUGAUCUGGUUGAGAUCGCUGCGAGAAAGCACACAGCCCAGUAUGAACAUGGAAGAAGCAGCCAUCGCACGGCUUCUGCAACAAAACGAGAAAGCAUUUCGCAGCUAUGUAUAUUGA